CUCAAUUGAUAAAAAUAAACAUCGAAUAUAGUCAAGACGGUCUAAUUAGGUAACAAUUUUUUAUCGUUAAAAUGUUACUGAAAAUAUUAAUUUUUAGUGUUUUAAGUGCAAUUUCAACUUCGGAGAAAGUUAGAUAUGACAAUUAUUCGCUGUACAAAAUUUAUCCACAGAACGAAGAUCAUUUGAAAUAUUUAAAUGAUUUACAAAGAAACAGUGAUGAUUUACGUUUUUGGAAAUCACCUUCAUCUGUUGGUGACUAUGCGAGUGUGGUGUCUUCACCAGAAAAGAAAGCCGUUUUUGAACAUUCCCUCAAGAAAAGGAGCUUGAAUUAUGAGGUUAUGCUGGAAAACAUUCAACAAGCAUUUGAUGAUCAAUUAUUCAGCAGAAAAAAACGUGAUACAAGAAAUCAGUUGUUUUGGACUAAUUAUCAAACAAUGGAAGAUAUUUAUGAGUGGUUCCAUCAUUUGGCUAGAACACAUGGAAAUGUAGUUACAAUUAUUCAGGCAGGACAAUCAUUUGAAGGUCGAAAUAUUACUGGAGUGAAAAUAUCACGUAAACCAAGUCAACGCGCUUUUUUCAUCGAAGGUGGUCAAGUUGCUGCAGAUUGGCUUUCUCCGACUAUUACCACAUAUAUAGUUGAUCAGCUUGUGCGAGGUGAUAGUCCUGAAAUAAGGAAGGCUACAGAAGACUUUGAAUGGCACAUUUUUCCUAUCCUAAACCCUGAUGGUCAUGAAUUCACACAAAAUUCUGACAGACUUUGGCUUAAGAAUCGAAGGCCGACAAUAGGACGUUCUGUUGGUGUUGAUCUAUCAAAGAAUUGGAAUUCACAUUGGGGAGUUAGAGGGGGCAGCUUCGUGCCAACUGAUAGUAACUACUUAGGCUUAGGGCCAUUUUCAGAAGUUGAGACAAGAGCACUUUCAAGAUAUAUGGAAUCAAUGGAUACUAAACUAUAUGGCUUACUGUCGUUCAGAGGUUUUGGACAAAGACUGUUGAUACCUUUUGGUCAUACCACAUCACAUAUGUAUAAUUAUAAUGAAACGGUUUUAAUCGGUAGACGAGCAAUGGGAUCAUUGGCAGUCCGUUAUAAUACACAAUAUUUGGUUGGCAAUUCAAUGGAAGUACAUGACGGCUCUACUGGUUCUAUUGCUGACUGGGUCAAGCAUCGCUUUAAUCCUCCCGUGGUUUUCACCUACCAACUCAGGGAUAUCGGUAAUUGGGGCUACAUUUUACCAGUGAACCAAGUGCUGCCAUCUUGUGAGGAAACCUUCGACUCCGUAAUGGCGAUCGUUAGGGAGGCGAGGUUUUACAAACUACUACAAGAUAUUCAAAAUACUGAUAUGAGAUUUGAUUUUUGGAGUGAUCUUACACCUUUAUUGGAUUUCGUAACAGUAUUGUCCAGUCCUGAAGACAAAGAUGAUUUAGAAGCAAUUCUGCGGGGAAAUAAAAUGAAGUAUGAGAUCACAAUGCAAAACAUCCAAGAAGCUAUUGAUAAGGAAACAGUGGAAACCUAUACACGUAGCAAUAAUAUAAGUAUGUCAUGGGACAUGUAUUAUACUCUUGAUGGCAUAAACUCUUGGUUAGCUAACUUAAUAACAGCGUAUCCAGGUAUUGCUGGUAUAAUAAUUGGAGGUAGAUCUUAUGAAGGAAGAGACAUCAGGGGUCUUAAAAUAUCCCAUGGAUCAGGCAGAAGAGCAAUUUUCAUUGAAGGUGGCAUACAUUCCAGAGAAUGGAUUUCGCCAUCGUCCGCGUGCUAUAUAAUAAAUGAACUUUUAACUAGCAAUGAUCCAGCAACUAGAGCGGCUGCUCGUGACUACGAUUGGUAUAUAUUUCCAGUAACCAACCCUGAUGGUUACGUCUGGACGCAUGAACAGUUUCGUUUGUGGCGUAAAAACAGACGACCGAUUGGCACUGAAUUUGGAGUUGACUUAAACAGAAACUGGAACAAUAACUGGUUAGUGGCUGGUGCCAGUACUGAUCCUGCAUCUGAUAAUUAUGCCGGAACGGGACCAUUUUCUGAACCAGAAACAUUAUCCCUGUCAGAAUAUAUAAGAUCUGUGGGAGAUAGAAUUGAUUUAUAUAUAUCGAUUCACUCAUUUGGUCAGUUAUUAAUGGUACCAUUUGGAAAUUCAACAGCAACUUAUGCUAAUUAUCAUGAUGCAGUGAAUAUUGGAAGACGUGCGAUGGGCGCACUCUCUGUUAGAUACGGUACUCAAUACGUCACAGGAAAUAUCGCUGAGGCCAUUUAUCAAGCAACAGGAGGCAGUGUGGAUUGGGUUAAAGAACACCUCAAAGUUCCUCUGGUGUAUGCUUAUGAGCUACGUGACCGUGGCACGUUUGGUCACAUCCUCCCACCGGAUCAGAUACGAUAUAACAACGAAGAAUUCAUGGAUUCUGUGUUAGAAAUUAUCCAUCAAGCUAAGAGAUUCGGUUAUAUGAACAGCAGUAACGGCCUACACGGAUCUUUAUUCGUGUGCUUCUUAGCAUUAAUUAUAAAUAUGUUUCAUUGAUAACUAUAUUAAGUUAAGUAUACAUUAUUAAAUAAAAUUAUGAAUCCAAUGGU